AUGUCCGCCUCAAGACUAUUCCGUCCUGCGGCAAGACUGCUAUCACAGCGAUCUGCUGUGUCAUCCUCUAUAAGACCUUCGCUCAGGAGAGCUGCACCGGCCACCCUUCCCUCGAUAAGGAGCUACGCCUCCGAGUCCAAUCAGACCUUUACUGUCCGUGAUGCUCUGAAUGAAGCUCUUGCCGAAGAACUUGAGCAAGACGACAAGGUGUUUAUUCUAGGAGAAGAGGUUGCUCAAUACAAUGGUGCAUACAAGGUCACCAAAGGCCUCCUCGACCGAUUUGGUCCUAAGCGAGUUAUUGAUACCCCCAUCACUGAAUCCGGUUUCUGCGGGUUGGCCGUCGGUGCCGCAUUAGCAGGUCUUCAUCCUGUGUGCGAAUUCAUGACCUUCAACUUCGCCAUGCAAGCCAUUGACCAGAUCAUCAACUCUGCAGCAAAGACACAUUACAUGUCUGGUGGCAUUCAACCAUGCCCGAUUGUGUUCCGCGGUCCCAAUGGUUUCGCAGCAGGUGUGGCAGCACAGCAUUCACAAGAUUACUCAGCAUGGUAUGGUAGCAUUCCUGGUCUGAAGGUCGUUGCACCCUGGAGCGCAGAGGAUGCCAAAGGCCUCCUCAAGGCGGCAAUUCGGGACCCCAACCCGGUGGUGGUGCUAGAGAAUGAGCUCCUUUACGGCCAAUCCUUCCCCAUGAGCGCUGAGGCUCAAAAGAGUGAUUUCGUCAUUCCUUUCGGCAAGGCCAAGAUCGAACGACCCGGCAAAGAUCUCACCAUUGUCACCCUCUCGCGAUGUGUUGGCCAAUCCCUGGAGGCGGCGGAGGUUCUGAAGAAGAAGUACGGUGUGGACGCAGAAGUCAUCAACCUUCGGUCUAUCAAACCGAUGGACGUGGAGGCUAUCAUCAAGUCAGUCAAGAAGACAGGUCAUUUACUCGCUGUGGAGUCGGGAUUCCCAGCAUUUGGAGUUGCAUCCGAGAUUCUCGCACUAGCAUGCGAAUAUGGCUUUGAUUACCUACAAGCACCCCCUGGACGAGUGACAGGUGCCGAAGUGCCAACGCCGUAUGCACAAAAGCUUGAGGAGCUGAGCUUCCCCCAGAUCGACACCAUCACGACCUAUGCGGCCAAACUUCUCAAGGUGUAA